CACAGUCCGAAAUAAAAAAAGAAAUAAGUAAUAAAGAAAUUUCCUUACAACAAGCCAAAGAAAAUGGUGAUAAUGAAAUGGUCGCCAAAUUAGAGCAACAAAUUCAAGAAUUAAAAAACCAGCAAAGAAAUAGUUCUACUAUUGAAAGUCCAAACAAAAAUAAUAUAAUUGCCUACUCAAUUAUCGGAUUUUUGCUGAAAGCAAGUCCUUAUGCAAUUCGUUUGGGUUAUAAUCAGUUGAAAAAGCGGACUCGCUCACGUCAAGUUAUUAAAGAUUUGCUGACAAGAUUAGUGGCGGAAAGAGAAGCAGUAAAAGGAGCCAAAAUUGAAGUCAGUGGUCGCUUGGAUGAGUCUGACAUCGCCCAGACUAAAAAAAUCGUGCAGGGAAAAAUGCCACUCAGCACGAUUGAUAGUAAUGUUGAGGUUGGACAAAAAGUAGUAAUCACCUCUUACGGUGCAAUUGGAGUUAAAUAUGAGGGUCAUGCCAAAGGAAACCAAGAAGUUAAUUUUGGCGAUUACGGCUUACAAGCCCAAGAAGGAGCCUACAUCAGCAAUCGGGUAAUCGAAGCCGGACGAAAACCUCUGGAAGUCAGAAUGGGGUCGGGAAAAGGUUCCGUCGAAAGUUGGGUAGCUGUAGUGAAAAAAGGAACCAUCAUUUUUGAAAUCCAAGGAUUACCCAAAACUGCUUCCUAUAAAGAGGAAUUAUUGGCUCAGUGUCGUUCGGCAUUAAUCGUUCUAAAAAUGAAAAGUAAAACGGGGCAAUUAGUGCAAACUCACCAAAUUAAGCAACUAAAAAAACAAAUCGCUCGGCUACUCACUGCUGAUAAGACAGCGACCGUGGAAUUAGUUUUCAAUAAAUUACAUCCCAAAUAUCAUAAACCAAUUAAAAGAAAAACAAAAAUCCAGGCUCAUAAUGAGGAGUAUGAUUUACAAUUAGGUGAUAAAGUAGUAAUUAAAAGUAGUCAAAAUCAAAUUAAAGUAAACAAUUUAGAGGAAUUACUAGCCAAGGUCAGAGAAUAUGUGGCCUCUCAGGGCGGGGCAGAUAAAGUUAGAAUAGGAAAUAUCUCUGCUAAUUCAGCAACUUAUACUUUCCGAAAAGGUUUCCCAAUUCAAACUGAAAAGGAAUACAUGUUAAUAGAGUUGAGAGGGGAAAAUGGUUCAUCCGUAGAGUUUAAAAUGGAAGCCGAAGGCGACAAAGAAAUUGGCGGGCUUGGUAAACUUCCAACCAGAACCCUUCAUAAAGUUUUAGCCGAAGUAGGAAAGAUUAUUCCGGAAGUCCGAACUAAGCCUCCGCAAAAUGGGACUCCUGAAAAAGAUAAUUUUCAGCCCCAUAGUUUAGCGAUCCGUGGUGUUCCUUGUUCGAGUUUGGAAGAAGUAAAAAAGCAACUAAAAGAAUAUUAUCAAAAAAAUCAGGAGGAAAUUAACAAAAAUCCUGAUUUUAACCAAUGGGUAAAAACAAUUUAUAGUCAUUUUGGCGACGAAGUUAAUUAUUCAAAAGAAGGAAAAGAAAUUUCAAAAGGUCAUGAAACAAAAGAUAAUCCAACCAAAAACCCGGUUAAGACUUCUCCUGAACCCAAAAACCAGAGCGAAAAAAUAAAAAAAAUUCGCCAGGAAAUAAAAGACUUAGAAAACCGUUCUGAUCUUAAUAAUUCAGAAAAACAAAGAGAAUUGGCGAAAAAAAGAAAAGAGUUAAGUAAAUUAGAAAAAAGCCUAAACGAUACUUCUAAUCAGCCCAACCAUAAUUUAGCACUUUAUUUAAGUUUAGGAGGAAUUGCCAUCGAUGAUGUGGCAGGCAAUACCAUUGCCUCUGCUUCUACCGAAGAUUUUAAGGAGGAAAAUAAUAAUUACUCUCGUAAGAAUAAAAAUUAUGCUAAGCAACUGGGGGAAGUUUUUGUAGAUAAAUUGAAGCAAGGAGGGGUGAAAAAAAUUAUUUUUGACCGCAACGCUCGUCUUUAUCAUGGCAAGGUUGAAGAAAGUAAUCAAGUCAAAAAGGAUGAAAAGGAGAAAGUCAAUGACGAGCAGGCCGACGGUAAAAGAAAUAAGUUAGUUUCGAAUAAGCCUGGAGAAGGGGGGUAUGAAAAAAAGCGUUAUACCCAUGCCUAUUUGCGUGAGGUUUUAGAAACUACACGGCCAGUGAAAGUAACCAAAGGUGGCCGAAGAUUUAGUUUUACUAGUUUAGUUUUAAUAAAAGAUAAAGAAAAAAAAGCGGUUGCUUAUGCUCGUGGAAAAGGUAAAGAGACAAUGGUUGCUCUACAAAAGGCUUGCCGAAAAGCACAAAAAAAAUUAAUUAGUUACUUUCCUAAUCCACCUCGAACUAUUCCCUAUCAGAUAUUAGCGAAGGAUGGAGCAACUAAGAUUUUUUUAAAACCAGCUCCUCCGGGUAGUGGAAUUAAAGCCGGCGGAGUGCUUAGCAAGUUAUUUAAGUACUUAGAAAUUAAAGAUGUCAGUGCUAAAAUAAUUGGUUCACGCAAUAAAAUGAAUGUUAUUCGAAAAAAAAAAAUAGUUGGUCGCGGAAUUGGUUCAGGUCGGGGAAAAACGGCUGGACGAGGACAAAAAGGACAAGGGGCUCGCAAGAGUGGUCAUGUUCGUCCUGGAUUCGAAGGGGGGCAAACCCCUAUUUAUCGCCGCGUUCCCAAGCGAGGCGGGGGAUCUAGACCCCCCAAAACUUCUUAUCGGAUAGUCAAUUUAUCUAAAUUAGAAAAAGACGAAAAGGUAGUAAACAGGCAAGUAAUUGAUUUUACUCAGGAAAACCGUCCAGUAAAAAUAUUAGGCGAAGGAAAUCUUACUAAAAAUUUGACCAUCAAAGCCGCUACCUUUUCCCAAUCGGCUCAGCAAAAAAUCACCCAAGCGGGUGAUGACUAUGUUUCCUACAAACUUACUGGCUUAAAUGCUGAUGAGAGGUUUAUUAUUUGUACUAAUACGCCUCCUUUUAAUACUUACCGAAUAGGUGAAUAUUUGCAGAUUGAUUUGGAUGAAACAUGUAAUGAGUUGCCUAUAACAGUCUUUUAUAAUACGGAGGUAGUAAGGAAAGCACCUUCCUCUGUAGUUAACAUACCUUCUAUAACUCAAAAUCAAGUGUCAACGAUAGUACGACAAAUUAACUCGGCAAUAGACAAUAUGAAUUACCAAAAAAAUAUUGAAAUCCUAGACGGAUUAGAAAAAGCAAUAAAAGCAAUUGGGGGCGAAUACCCGGUCAAUUUUGAAAUUAAGGGUAGAGAUGGAAAAUUAACCAAAGAACCCAAAAAUUCUGAAAUAGAAGGACAGAAAAAUGAAUUAGAAAAGAAUAUAAAAGAUGACCAAAAACAGAUUGAAAAACCAAAAGAAAUUUUAGUUUAUGGUGCUACAUGGGACAUUGAUGGCACUGAAUAUUUCAUGGAAAGAAAAAGAAAAGAUAAAGCUGUCAAACAGAGUUAUUAUGAACCUCGUAGUGAGGAGGAGAAAAAACAGAUUAUCGAAAGAAAUCAAAAAAGACGAGAACAAGAGGCAGAAAAAAAUAAAAGGAAUUUAGAGCAGCAAGUUCAAAGCCAAGAAAAUUCUCAAACAGAAACUUCUUCCACUUCUGGUAAAAAAAACCAACCAUCUAAAAAAGAAACUAACCAACCAGAUUCUUCUCAAAAUGUAAAUCAAGAAGCAUCAGCAGAAAAAAUUUCAUUACAAAAUAGGGAUGACAAGAAUAUUUAUUAUGGAGUAGGCGCGAUUUUUCUUGUUCUUUUGGCGGCAAGUAUGAUAACAGUUUGGAAAGUGAAUAAACUAGAAUGUAUCAAAAAGGCUGGGCAAGCCGUAAAUAAUAUUUUGAAAAGACUAAAAAAGGAAAUAAAGCCGGGUGUUUCAGGGGAGGACUUGGAUAACUUGGCUCGUCAGUUAAUGGAAGAACAAAAAGUCCAAUCAUCCAGUUUGGAUUAUAAAGGUUUUUCAGCACACAUUUGCGUGGCUCUUAAUGAAGAAUUAACUCACGGCGUACCUGAUGGACGAGUUUUUAAGGAGGGCGAUUUAGUUUCCAUUGAUGUCGCCUGCCAUUAUCAAGGUUAUCAUGCGGAUGCGGCUCUAACCACCAUCGACAUUGGUGCUAUGUUAGAAAAAUACAUUCGGAAUCGUGGUUAUUACCCCAUUAAAGAAUAUGGAGGGCAUGGAAUUGGGGGAAAACUUCAUAUGGAACCUUUUAUUCCUAAUUAUAAAAUUCCUAAUAGAGGGGAAAUUAUUAAAGAAGGGAUGUUUAUUUGUAUUGAACCAUUAGUUCAGAUGGGCGAUGACGAAGUGGAUAUUUCUACUAAUAAGUGA